AUGAGUGAUGAACAAACCCCACAAGCGUCGCGGAACAUAACCCCAAAAAAUCUGCUCGACGCUUUGAUUGGGGAGCCAACAAGCUACGAACCGAUAGAAGUGCAAAAAUUGUUGAAAACCCGAGCACAAGUGAAGAAGGCCAUGGCUCAGCGGCUGGAGAAGGCGGUUGAUCGUCGUGAUAUGGCCAAAGAGAAGAUGUUGCGGAUCCACGCAGGCAUGAAUCAGCCGGAUAAAAACAUUCACUGGCUGAACCUGCAGCUGGAGAACCUUCGGCGCUGUUAUGAUGAAGUGGAGAGGAGCUAUUUGGAGAUCUGCGAUGCUGUUCCCCGAGACCAGCGAGAGGAUUUCAAGCUCCAAAACAUCCAAAUAGAAGAAAUGUAUCACCAUCUGUACGUGAACAUCCAAUCGGGAAUUGCGGAGUGGAAAGCGAGAGAAGAACAGAGCAAGCUGAAUGCAUUGGCCCCUGCAUACAACCCUCCUCAGCAACCGACGGCUGCGUCUAACAUGCCUCCGCACUUGCACGUCCCAUUGCCAACCUUCGAUGGCAAUCUGGAGAAUUGGUACUCCUUCAAGUGCAUGUUCCAGACCAUCAUGGGAAGGUAUCCGAACGAGUCUGCAGCUAUCAAGCUGUACCAUUUGAAGAACGCCCUAGUCGGAAGUGCAGCCGGAAAGAUCGAUCAGGAUGUCAUUAACAAUAAUGACUACUCGGCUGCCUGGAAAAUGCUGGAGGAUGCAUAUGAAGACGAACGUCUCAUAAUCGACACGCACAUCGACGCCUUGCUGAGCCUGCCGAAGAUGACGGCGGAGAACGGCGAGGAACUACGCAAGCUAAUCGACACCUGCACCAAACACGUUGAUGCCCUUAAAAAUCGCCAAUUGCCGGUUGAAGGAUUAGCUGAGAUGAUCCUGGUCAACGUGAUCGCCAAACGUCUUGACAAGGAAACGCGGAAGCUGUGGGAGUCGCAGCUAUCCCAAGACGAACUUCCCGCAUACGCCGAAAUGAUCGAUUAUCUACGAGAACGAGUCCGGAUUUUGCAGAAGAUGACAGGAUACGCUGAACCACGAACUACCUUGAAGCCGAAGAACAAACCAGAACAGAAGAUCCCGCAAGCCAGAAAUUUUGUACAAACCAAGGAGGUGUGCCACUGCUGCAACGGUGAUCAUCUUAUCUACAAGUGUGGUCAAUUCAAGGAGCUCAACGUCAGCAGCCGGUACGCCAAGGUGAAGCAAGCUGGGCUCUGUUUUAACUGUUUGCGACGCGGUCACCGUACGGUCGACUGCAAUUCCGAAAGGUCGUGUAAGAGUUGCAAAAGGAAGCACCACAGUCUGCUUCACGACGACAAGCCCGUUCAACAGUCCAGCAGUGCACCCAGCGAACAACCAACGAAGCCCGAAGAACGACAAGAAGUAGCGGUACAGGCCGGGUCAGUGAACUGCGCCACGUCUCUGAUGCUGAAACAAACAGUGCUUCUCUCAACGGCAGAGGUGCUUGUGGCCGGAUCCGGUAACGUCGGUUUGCCGUGUCGUGUUCUGUUGGAUUCGGGUUCUGAUUCGAAUCUGAUCUCCGAAGCGUUUGCCAAGCGAUUGAACCUGCCAAUGGAAAACAACCUACCGAUCAGCGGACUCAACAACGCUGAAACCCGAGUUAAGUUCAAGCUAACCACCAAGAUCAGUUCUCGUGUCAAUCCUUUCAACGCUAUUUUAGAUUUCCUGGUGGUGCCAACGAUAACCACCAACCUACCGAUGAUGAAGGUCGACAUCCGGUCUUGGUCCAUCCCGACGAGCGUUGAUUUGGCGGAUCCAUCAUUCCACGUCCCAAAGGAGAUCCAGAUGAUUAUCGGCGCCGAGCUGUUCUUUGUCCUCGUGAAGAACGGCCGCAUGAAGCUUGCAGAAGGAGCCCCAAUGAUGGUGGAGACCGACCUGGGUUGGAUCGUCAGCGGACCGGUGAAAGGGCACUCGUCUGGUCCACAAGGAGGCAUCUGUCAACUGAACCUACGCGAAGAACAGAUCAACCAUACUCUUGUCAAGUUCUGGGAACUGGAAACGGUCCAGGAAGCAUCGCCACUGACGUCAAGGGAGCAAGCCAUCGAGAAACACUUUGAGCAAACGCACUUUCGUGACGAUACAGGCCGAUUCACUGUGAGGUUGCCAUUCAACGAUAACAAGGAUCAACUUGGCGACUCCUUGGAAACCGCUCGAAGUCGAUUUGAUCGGCUACUACGAUCGUUUGUCAACAAAACGAAACUCAAGCGCUAUUCGGAGUUCAUGACCGAAUACCAAGCUCUGGGGCACAUGGUCGAGGUUUUCGACAACCCCGUCGAUUGUUAUUUUCUACCCCAUCAUGCUGUGUACAAGGAGUCCAGCACAACGACAAAAAUCCGUGUGGUUUUUGAUGCUUCGGCGAAGACCUCGUCUGGUCUUUCGUUGAACGACGCCCUGGACGUAGGGCCAACGGUGCAGAAGGACCUGAUCACGAUUCUCUUGCGAUUUUGCUGUUUUCCGGUCGUAUUAACUGCAGACAUCCCGAAGAUGUACCGCCAGGUACAAAUCCAUAAGGACGAUCGGAAAUAUCAACGGAUCCUUUGGCUCACCUCGACAAAUGAAGUUGGAACGUUUGAGCUGACAACUGUUACUUGGCUACGCGCGCUCUGA